UUGAGUCUUCUCUCUGCCCCUGGGCUUGGAUUGCCGCUUCAGGCCCACUCAAAAUUCCACCAUGAGCUCCAGGCCCAUUUACUCCAGGCUACAAGCAGUGCUGAAGAGCGAGAUGGUGCGAGAGUUCCUGGCGGAGUUCAUAAGCACCUUUGUCAUGAUGGUGUUUGGCCUUGGUUCGGUGGCCCAUAUGGUUCUAAAAGAUAAAGAGUACGGGAGCUUUCUCGGUGUCAACCUGGGUUUUGGCUUCGGAGUCACCAUGGGAGUGCACGUGGCAGGCGGCGUCUCUGGGGCCCACAUGAACGCCGCCGUGACCUUCGCUAACUGCGCGCUGGGCCGCAUGCCCUGGAAGAAGCUCCCCGUGUAUGUGCUGGGCCAGUUCCUGGGCUCCUUCUCGGCCUCUGCCUCCAUCUACUUCCUCUUCUACACGGCCAUUGAACAGUUUGCAGGUGGAGACCUGUUGGUGAAAGGUCCCAAAGCCACUGCCAACAUUUUUGCCACCUACCUUCCUGAACACAUGUCAGUGUGGCGGGGCUUCCUGGAUGAGGUGUUUUUGACCGGGAUGCUCCAGCUGUGCAUUUUUGCCAUCACGGACCAGCACAAUAGCCCAGCUCAGAAAGGGACAGAAGCCUUGGUGAUAGGCGUCCUCGUUUGUGUCAUUGGGGUGUCCCUAGGCAUGAACACAGGAUAUGCUAUCAACCCGUCCCGGGACCUGCCUCCCCGUCUCUUCACUUUCAUCGCUGGCUGGGGCAACCAGGUGUUCAGGCCUCUGUCUUUUUUCUUGCAGGGAUGGGGGCAGCUGGUGGUGGGUGCCAGUGGUGGCACCCAUCCUGGGAGCCUACAUAGGAGGCAUCGUGUACCUGGUCUUCAUUCACUCCAGCAUACCACAGGACCCUCAGAGACUGGAGAGCUCCGUGGCAAGAGAAGACCACAGGAUAACCACGUCACCAAAGAACAACACAACCACGACCUCUCCUUUCACCCCCGGGCCCGGAGCCUCUGGUCCAGUCCAGGUUGACCCACUUUUAAGUGGCUCCAUGCCUCUAGAACGCUUCUAAAUAGAGCACAGCCUUACUGCAAUAAAGUAUGCCUUGUCCACAGUGGCCCUCACUUGCUCCCCGGAGCCUCCUGCAGUUAGCCUUCCCUCCCGGGUUCUUCUGGGAGCUCCAGGGUUAUUAUUCUGGCCUGAAACUCACUAUGCAGACCAGACCAGCCUUGAACUGUGGCAAUCAUUCUGCCUCUACCUCUCAAGAGGCAGAGAGAGAUUGAGAGGGAGAGAAUGGGCAUGCCAGGGCCUCUAGCCACUUCAAACAAACUUCAGAUGCAUGUGCCCCUUGUGCAGCUGGCUUCUGUAG